UUAUCUUAUGGACAAUUAAUAGCUCAUUUAUAUACUUGUGUAUGAAUACAUGUGUGUGUACGCAUUCAUCCAUUUAUAGAUGUUGUCAGAUUGGGUUAUACGCAGCAACUGCCGGGGUAAUGAAUCAUCGCGUAAUGAACUAGAAUUAUUUCACAGAUAUCAAACUACCUUUGCUCCCACAUCGACCGACAAGCUAUCGUAAAUAUAUUGAGAUGAACAUGAAUAUAAACUGCUAGUUUAAAAAGCAGAGGACACACAGUGAUUCCGCAAAGACUUUGUAAACUUAUAACUAAACUCUUCUGUCGCAUCGACGUAACAGAUGAGCGUUCGAGCAUAAUCAUCAUUCGGGUGUGCACGGAGAGGAUAAACAAUGGAAGUAUUGAUGAUGGAAGCGAGCAAUCGGCAGGAGGCCAAUGCGCCAGCAAUGCCAGUGUGCACGGCUGACCGCAAAUCUCCGCCUAAGAAGAAGCUGGAGGAUGUCGACGACGAUACGUCCAGCAUUACACGCGGCAACGGCAAAGAAUCGAUUGACAUAAUCUUCGAGAACAUCACAUAUACUGUGAAUCUCGGCUUCAGGAAAGGACAGAAGGAUAUUUUACACGGAAUUAAUGGAAGGCUUCCCAGCAAACAGUUGAUCGCCCUGAUGGGGCCGUCUGGUGCAGGAAAGUCUACGUUACUCGAUAUAUUGUCUGGCUUCCGCGUAACCGGAGUGGAUGGUACUGUAUUUGUCAAUGGUCGUGUGCGGCACCUCAACUCUUUCCGGAAGUGCACCGCUUACAUUACACAGGAGGAUCGAUUGGAACCUUUACUCACUGUACUCGAAAAUAUGAGGGUUGCCGCCGAUUUAAAGCUGCCGACGGAUACCCCACGAUACGAAAAAGAAACAAUAAUUGAAGAAAUUCUCACGACACUUGGCUUGUAUGAGCACUUGCAUACGAGAUCCGGCCGUUUAAGCGGCGGUCAAAAGAAGCGACUGUCCAUCGCGCUGGAAUUGGUCAAUAAUCCCACGGUGAUGUUUCUCGACGAGCCCACUACAGGUCUGGAUAGCUCAUCUUGCAUGCACGUCGUAAAUCUUUUAAAGGUGCUGGCACGACAGGAUAGAACAAUAGUUUGCACUAUACAUCAGCCUAGUGCGUCCCUGUUCCAAUUGUUCGACCAGGUAUACGUGUUGGCAAAAGGAGACUGCUUGUACCAAGGUGCAACGCACAAAUUAGUGCCAUAUCUUGAAAAUAUGAAACUGCCAUGCCCGAUGUAUCACAAUCCCGCCGAUUACAUAAUCGAGCUUGCUUGUGGAGAAUACGGUGAAGAUAAAGUAGAUAUAUUGAAAAAUGGAUCACAAAAUGGGAGAAAUUUGCAGUGGUUCGACAAUCCUGAAGCUUUGAGAGAUGCCAAAACUUUAAGAGCGGUGCAUCCCUUGAAAGACUCACAUAUAAUGCAAAAGAAUAGUGGUAUACACGCAACAAAUUUUAUUCAUCAAAUUAAAGUUCUACUUAGACGUGGUCUCAUCAUGUGCAAACGAGAUACGACUCUUACGCAUUUGCGCAUCGGAGUAAACUUACUUGUCGGUGUGAUGCUUGGUUCGGUCUUCUUGCGAUCGGGUGCUGAUGGCUCACGCGUUCUAGAUAACUAUAAUCUUCUCUUUUCCAUCCUCAUACAUCACAUGAUGACGACGAUGAUGCUUACCAUAGUGACCUUUCCAAUGCAGAUGGCUAUUCUUCUAAAGGAGCAUUUUAAUAGAUGGUACAGCUUGAAGGCAUUCUAUGUGGCAAUAACAGUGAUUGACGUGCCACUCUCGAUAUUCUGCUGCAUCCUAUUUAGUUUAAUUGUCUACGCUAUGACGGCGCAACCACUGGAAAUAAUACGAUUCUCCAUGUUCUUAAUCAUCAGCUUGAUGAUAAUGUUCAUAGGACAAGGUACCGGUCUUAUGAUAGGCGCUGUAUUCAACGUUGUAAACGGUACAUUUAUGGGACCAACAUUGUCAGUACCACUAAUGAUGUUUGCUGGAUUUGGCGUAUCGUUACGCGAUCUACCGUCCUACCUAAAGUGGGGAAGCUAUCUUAGUUAUUUACGUUACGGCCUAGAAGGCUUUGUGGGUGCAAUCUACGGAUUGAACAGGCCUGUUCUACCCUGUGAGGAAAAGGGUGAACUGUACUGUCACUACAAAUAUCCUUCGAAAUUUCUCUCGGACAUUGCCAUGAAUGGGGAUCAAUUUUGGAACGACCUCAUCGCACUUACUACAAUACUCGUCAUCACGCGAUGCGGCGCAUAUCUGCUUCUGCGAUGGAAGAUUGUAUCAAUGCGAUAG